AUGGCCCAACGAGCAAAAGCCAAUGCUGGCAAGAAUAGAAGAGGCCGGGUGACUUUUAUGCUGUUGGGCCUUCUCUUUCUGAAGUUCUCUGUUUUGUUGGUUUUCAUAAGCCUCCUGUUUGUUUUUUAUUCUAAGUUGUACCAACAAGUGUCACAGAUCAGUGGCAGAUCCUGUGAAAAUGAAUGGCUGGAAUUUGAAAAGCAUUGUUAUUUCCUCUCUACUUUUCAACUCACCUGGAAAAAAGCAGAAAAUAUGUGCCUGAACAGGGGAGGCCAUUUAGCUAUUAUCGACAGCCUGAAAGAGCAAAAUUUCUUAGACCAAAGCAGAAGAGAGAGAUUUCUUUGGAUUGGUUUGACCGAUGAAGAGGUGGAAAAUACCUUUAAAUGGGUU